AUGGGCCCCUGUACCGCCUCCUCAUGCUGCUGCCAGGCCCGUAAUCUGCCAUGGGCCCCCGUACCGACUCCUCAUGCUGCUGCCAGGCCCAGAAUUUGUCAUGGGCCCCUGUACCGCCUCCUCAUGCUGCUGCCAGGUCCAGAGUGUGUCAUGGGUCCCUGUACGGCUUCCCGUUGCUGCUGUCUCCAUCGCCACACUCUGCCAUGUGCCACUUUCAGGUCUCCUCACACUUCUGGUGGGUUCCAUUUUGUCAUAGGGUGCUGUAUGGCCUCCCAUUGCUGCUGCCUCUCACACGCCACACACUGUGGCUCCACACUCUGGUUUUGGCCCCGUGACUGCCCAAAUGAGUGAAGUGUGCGGUGAUUCUAAGAUCGACGGCACUCAUCUGCAUGUCAUACUGACUGACAGUAUUAUUUCUCUUCCCCAGCAGACUCCAAGGGCAUUUAAAUUAAAGGUACAGUGUUCUGCACUAAUAUAA